CACCUGCUGAAUCAACCAUCACCUUCCAGGUACAACAGGAUUUUCAGAUUUGAAGUUCAACAGGAGAGCAGCACCAUCAUGAUGACUCCAGCUGUCCUCCUCCUCCUCUUCCUCUCGCUGAUGGCUGUUCCUCCGGCUGCCACGGAUGAGGUAGUUCAUACGAACAGCUCUUCAGACGUCUCUGAAAUCAUCGCAAAAACUAAUGAAGGGAUAUCAACAAAACUGAAGUAUGGUGACAUUAGGGAGAGCACUGGCAGGAAUGCAGUCCCCUGCACCGCCAAAGGCUGCAUGUGGCCUAAAAGUAGAAAUGGCUACGUCUACGUGCCUGUUAUCAUCUCCAGGAGAUACACCAGUCACGAGCGUAACUUUAUCAUCAGAGCUCUGUUGACCUUCCACCGACACACCUGCAUUCGCUUUGUCUGGAGGAGUUGGCAAUGGCAAUACCUCCACUUCUUUGAUGGAUCUGGGUGUUGGUCCUACCUGGGCCGUCAGAGUCGUGGACAGCUGGUCUCCCUGAAGAGACGAGGCUGUUUGUACACGAGCAUCGUGCAGCACGAGGUUCUCCACGCUCUGGGCUUCCACCACGAGCAGGUCCGCUCCGACAGAGACUCAUACGUCUCCAUCCUCUUCCAGAACAUCCGGCCUGGAUUGGAGUCAAACUUUAUGAAGGUGGCAACUAACAACUUGGGUACUCCCUACGACUUCAACUCUGUCAUGCACUACAGCAAAUACGCCUUCUCCAAAAACGGCCAACCAACCAUCGUCGCUAAGAGCAACCCAAACCUUAACUUCGGAAACGCUCGAUACAUGAGCGUCAAUGACAUCAACCGUGUCAACAGGCUGUACAAAUGCUGAUGUUGAUGAUGGAAGGAAACGGCUCGACCUCCUGAUGCUUGUCGUGAUUACACCAAAGAUCUGUUGUUACUUCAAAGCAACAGAAACUUGUGCUGCUUACUUGUACAUAUUUGGCACGGAGAUCUGAAGUCCUGCCACACUUUAGCUUAGCUUCUGUUUGCAUUCAGUCUUACUAAGUGUCCACUUUGGCGGUAAAAUUUAAAUCAGUGAAAACAGUCUCAAAAUGUAAUUUUCCAGGAUGCUUAUUUUGCUAGCAUUUAGUACCUGCGGCUCCAGUCCAGGUUUUUCUAUUGCUCAGAUAUUCAGGUUUAAUGUGUGCGGCUCAGCAGAGGAAACGUUGAGAAAUGUGUUGUUGUGCAGGCUGACUGGAACAGAGGCUCGCUUUAAAGGGGCUGCAGCUUUGGCUCUUUGUGUCAAGGUCGAUGGUUUCACCUCUUUGAAGUCAGACAUUGGUGUUUAACUAUUUGAUUUAAAGCCUUUUCUUACUUUUCUAUUGCGAAUUAUGUUGACAGACGCUCUGAAAUUAAAAUAAUGAAAUUAGCAUUGAAAAAAAGAUGAAGCGGUUAAAUCAAAAGGCUAAAUGUGAUAUGAUGAAGAAACAUUUUAAUCUUUUACUUAAAAGUUGCAACAAAAUUAAGUGAAGUAAAAGUACAAAACAUUCUUUAAAAAAAACGGACUUAACACCAAAGUGAAAGUGCGUAUUUCCCAGAACGUCCCCUGAAUGUGCAACAGGACAUUUUACAAAAUUAUGUUUUGGAUGAAAUUUCUAAUCUGAACUGAUCUGCGUGGCUGUUUUUUAAAGUAGCAUCAAAAAGAUCUACUCAAGUACAAAUACCUUAUAAUUGUACAAAAGUACUUUGUUACUUUUCACCACUACCAACUAUGAUAAUUGUGUGCAAACAUCAGCAGGAAGAUGUUGGAAGAAGCAAUUCUCAACUGCCUCGCAAAAAUAAUUAAUAUUAUCAGGACAAAUUGAGCGAAAAUGUCUUCUCAUUGUUUGUUUCUGAUUUUGGGGGCUUCUUUCUUUUUUCUGGAUAUUUGUCUUUUUCUGAUUUAUAGUCAGUGAUUGUGUAUCGGUUUGUAUAAUGAAGUGUUCAAUAACUUUCCUCAAUAAAACAAGCAACAAAA